AUGGCGAUGGCAGCCGUGCCCUUCCCCCUGAGUCAUCGCCUCACAUUGAAGGAGGUUUUUGACAGUGAGGGGAAGCCCAGGGUGGACCUGCUCAAAGCCCACCUCACCAAGGAGGGCCGCGUGGAGGAAGCCGUGGCACUACGCAUCGUCAACGAGGGCGCCGCCAUCUUGCGCCAGGAGAAAACCAUGCUGGACAUAGAAGCACCAGUCACAGUGUGCGGGGACAUCCAUGGGCAGUUCUUUGACCUUAUGAAGCUGUUUGAGGUGGGUGGCUCGCCGGCCACGACGCGUUAUCUCUUCCUGGGAGACUAUGUGGACCGGGGAUACUUCAGUAUCGAGUGUGUUUUGUACCUUUGGUCGCUGAAAAUCCUCUACCCAAAGACGCUAUAUUUACUGCGAGGAAACCACGAAUGUAGACAUUUGACAGAAUACUUCACCUUCAAACAAGAAUGUAAAAUCAAGUACUCGGAGCAGGUGUAUGACUCAUGCAUGGACGCUUUUGACUGCCUUCCCCUGGCUGCCCUCAUGAACCAGCAGUUCCUGUGUGUCCAUGGAGGACUCUCACCAGAAAUACACAACUUAGAUGACAUAAAGAAGAUAGACCGGUUCAAGGAGCCUCCAGCGUUUGGGCCCAUGUGUGACCUACUGUGGUCUGACCCUCUGGAGGACUUUGGCAAUGAGAAAACCCAGGAGUACUUCAGCCACAACACAGUCCGAGGCUGCUCCUACUUCUACAGUUAUCCAGCUGUAUGUGAGUUCCUACAGAACAAUAACUUAUUAUCAGUCAUCCGAGCACAUGAAGCACAAGAUGCUGGCUACCGGAUGUACCGCAAGAGCCAAACCACCGGCUUCCCCUCCCUCAUCACCAUCUUCUCAGCGCCAAACUACCUUGAUGUUUACAACAACAAAGCUGCAGUGCUGAAGUAUGAGAACAACGUGAUGAACAUCCGCCAGUUCAACUGCUCCCCUCAUCCCUACUGGCUGCCCAACUUCAUGGACGUGUUCACCUGGUCCCUGCCCUUUGUGGGGGAGAAAGUCACAGAGAUGCUGGUGAACGUGUUGAGCAUCUGCUCUGACGACGAACUCAUGAAUGACGGAGACGACCAAGAGAUCCUUGAUGCCAACGCAGCUGCAGCUCGGAAGGAGGUCAUCAGGAACAAGAUCCGCGCCAUCGGGAAAAUGGCCACGAUGUUCAAAGUGCUUCGGGAGGAGAGUGAGAACGUGUUGACGCUGAAGGGCCUGACGCCUACUGGCAUGCUGCCCAGUGGGGUGCUCUCUGGGGGAAAACAGACCCUGCAGAGUGCCACCACCGAGGCCAUCGAAGCCAUCGACACAGAAACUGAGGACGGAGAAGCCAUCCGUGGGUUCUCUCCCCAGCAUAAGAUCGCCAGCUUCGCAGAAGCUAAGGGGCUAGACCGUAUCAACGAGCGCAUGCCACCCCGCAGAGUCGGGGUCAACCACGUGGGACAGUCCAUGGGGAAGAUGAACAUGUCCGAGGCCAACGGCACCGACGACAACGACAACGGCAACGUCCAGUGAUGCUGAGGCCCGCCCCAGAGCUCAUGCUACUGCUGCGCUGUGCGACAAGACAUCGCCAAAAUCGUGA